AUUCUCAACACUCGCUCCGAACCCUAAAAUUAAACACUUCCUUCAUCACCUUAACCUAGCUCCACUUUACAAACCCAAGUUAUCCGCCUUCGCAUUAAACAAUCACUUUUAGAAGUCAUAUUUCAGGUUGGAGUCUAUACAAAGUUAAAUCUGAGAAAGUUGUUCGAUUAAAGUUAAAAAAUAUUGUCCAGCCACUAUUAUGGCUGUACAUAUGAAAUAUCGUCUUAUUACUUACUCUGAAGAGAUUGUCGAUGGACAACCUAUAUUUGUAUCAUCAAAUUGUCUUCCAACCAAGGCGUUGAAAUAUGAACCUGCAGGUCAUUCUUUUCAUUCAGCUGCCCUUAAACUUCUUGGUGUUAAGGAGGAAAAGGACAAAGAAGCUGAUAUUAAGAAAGUGGUCGAGGAGAAAGAACAGACUUAUCUGCCUUCUGAUUCUUAUAGUAGCAAGGGCAAAAAGAAAUCCGGUGAUGGAGAUAAGCAGCAGCAGGAUCACUAUGCAUUAUUGGGUUUGAGCCAUCUUAGGUAUCUUGCUACAGAGGACCAAAUAAGAAAAAGCUAUCGUGAAACUGCUUUGAGGUUUCAUCCGGACAAACAGGCUUCUCUUGUUCUUUUGGAAGUAACUGAAGCUGCAAAACAGGCCAAAAAGGAGGAGAUAGAAACUCAUUUUAAGGCAAUCCAGGAGGCGUAUGAAGUGUUGGUUGAUCCUUUAAAGAGGAGGAUUUAUGAUUCUACUGACGAGUUUGAUGAUGAAAUUCCCACUGAUUGUGCUCCACAAGACUUCUUCAAGGUGUUUGGCCCUGCUUUUUUGAGGAACGGGCGGUGGUCUGUUACUCAACCAAUUCCGUUUCUUGGUGAUGAUAAGACUCCAAUAAAAGAAGUUGACAGUUUCUACAAUUUUUGGUACUCCUUUAAGAGUUGGAGGGAGUUUCCCCAUGCCGACGAGUUUGAUCUCGAGCAAGCUGAUUCUCGGGAUCAUAGAAGGUGGAUGGAAAGGCAGAAUGCAAAACUGUCGGAAAAAGCUAGGAAAGAAGAGUAUGCGCGUGUUCGCACUCUUGUUGAUAAUGCUUACAAGAGGGAUCCUAGAAUAUUGAGAAGAAAGGAAGAGGAAAAGGCUGAAAAGAAAAGGAAAAAGGAGGCCAAGUACAUGGCAAAGAGGUUGCAGGAGGAAGAAGAAGCCAGAAUUGCAGAAGAGGAGAAGCGACGAAAAGCAGAGGAAGAUAAACUAGCUGCUGAAGCUGCUUUGCAACAGAAGAAGGUGAAGGAAAAAGAGAAAAAGCUGUUGCGGAAGGAGCGAACUCGCCUUCGAAAUCUCUCGGGAACUAUCUCAUCACAACGUGUACUUGACAUUUCCGUAGACGAUGUAGAAAAGCUUUGCAUGUCAUUUGAUCUUUUACAGCUGAGGGGUUUAUGUGAGAAAAUGGAAGGCAAAGAGGUGCUGGAGCAAGCAAAAGCUAUAAGAGAUGCACUGAGUUGCGAGAAAGACGAUGCUGAUGAGAAAAGCAAUCAAAGUAUUCAACAAAAUGGGUCUGUGAAGGCUAAUGGAAACAGUAGUUCUCUUGAAGCCUACAAAGAGAAGAAGGAGAAGCCUUGGACCAAAGAAGAGAUUGAGCUAUUGAGGAAAGGGAUGGUUAAGUUUCCCAAGGGAACUUCAAGGAGAUGGGAGGUUGUUUCAGAAUACAUAGGCACUGAAAGAUCUGUUGAGGAAAUUAUGAAAGCAACAAAAACCGUUCUCCUUCAGAAGCCCGAUACAUCCAAAGCUUUUGACACUUUUCUUGAGAAAAGGAAACCUGCUGUAUCAAUUGCAUCUCCACUGUCAACCAGGGAAGAAUUGGAAGGGGUUUCAAUAUCAGCAACAACACCUGAAAAUAGUACUGCUGCCACCUCAACAACAACACCAGAAAAUAGUACUGCUGCCGCCUCAACAACAACAACAACACCUCCACCACCAACAGCAACGCCCAUACCAACACCAGCGGUAACAACAACAACAAUUAACAGCACCAGCUCAGAAGAGUCUCAAGGAGUUUCCGAACAAGAUGCAUGGUCUGCAGUGCAGGAGAGAGCACUAGUUCAAGCUUUGAAAACCUUUCCAAAGGAAGCUAAUCAGAGAUGGGAGCGAGUAUCUGCAGCUGUACCCGGAAAGACUGUGAAUCAAUGCAAGAAGAAAUUUGCCAUGAUGAAGGAAAAUUUCAGGAACAAGAAAACUGCAGUUUGAUAUUUCUCAUUCAUAGCCCACAUCCGUGAAUUUUUUCCUACUGCUUUUUAGAUUUUACAACUUAAGUUGUCUUUAUUUUUUUAGAGCAACAGCCAGUAAUAUAGAUUGGUUUCGAAUUCCUUCAUAUCCUUAGCAGUUGCAUCAAUCUGAUGACUAUGCAAUUUUCUCAAGUAUUUUCUACUUCAUACCUUAGUAUUUUGACCAUUAUUUAAAACCAACAUUCUAUCAUAUUACGGGAUAUAUGUACCAUUUUUGGUUUGAAAGAGAGCUUGGCAUCUUCAUAAUAUUUGUGUUGUCAGCUGUCUCCUA